CGAAGACAGCAGCAAGACAGCAGCAGGACAACCACUGGGGACACUACAUCACGAGACAACUGUCAAAAAAUGGCCACUAUGAGAUCUUGGAUGAUGCUUGCAGCGCUCGUCGUCUGCCUACUGGUGUGUUUGAGCAGCUUUGCGGACGCCUACCCCCCCAAACCGGAGAGCCCGGGGAGCAACGCGUCCCCGGAGGACUGGGCCAAAUACCACGCAGCUAUCAGACAUUAUGUCAACCUCAUCACCAGGCAGAGGUAUGGGAAGAGGUCGACCCCCGAGCAGACGGUGGCGUGGCUGCUGUCUGGGGCUGAUUUGAACCAAGACUCUGAACCACGCUCGGACUACAGCGAUCAGUAGUUAAUGAGCCCAAUGUCGACCCUUAGGCCUGCUCACAUGUCCCCCGAUUCUCAUCCCCAAUCAAAAUACUAAAAAUCUCAACCUGCACUGGACUCUCUUAUUUAAUUGUUUAAUGUGCAUGCAAAUCUCUCUCUCUCUCUCU